AUGGAGGAUUUGUUUAAUAUUUUCUUGCGCGAAUGGAGUUUGCGGUCGAUUCAGCAGGCGUUUUAUCAGUUAUGUGUUAACAGAGGAGCCGAUCCUACAGAUUAUGCAAAUAUUUAUGAAAAGUAAGUGUCUGAUUUAUAAAAAUUAAAAAAUUUUUAAGAAAUGGUCUAUAAAUUAGUUUGAACUAAUUUCAUUAAAUCUUAUUAAUAAAAGUUUUCAAAGGUAAUUUUUAUCAUUUAAACUUAAUUUUAGGUUAAAACAAGCAGACCGUUUCCUAGAGCCAUCUUCAAAACAACGUACUCUAUGGGGAUUACUCGACAAACGACGAGCUCAGAAAGAGUACCAGAACCAACAAGUAUGUCGAGGCAUGAACAUUCUAGUCAUUGGGGCAGGCCCUUGUGGAUUACGAGCAGCGAUCGAAGCCGCGUUCCUUGGUGCUCAUGUUAUUGUUGUUGAAUCUAGGGACAAGUUCACGAGGAAUAAUGUCUUGCACCUUUGGCAGUUUGUCAUUCACGAUUUGAAAGCCUUAGGGGCUAAAGUGUUUAUGCCAAAGUUUUGUACUGGAAGCAUCGAGCAUAUCUGUAAGUACUGUCACUUUUUGUCAUGUUUACUAUUUUGGUUGUUGUUAGUAUUGAUACAGUAUUUUUUUUUGUUUUUACUUCAAGAAUAAGGUGACACUGGACUGUUAAAUUAUUAUAUUUUUAGCUAUACGAAAGUUGCAAUUUAUUUUGCUGAAGAUUGCCUUGGUAUUGGGAGUUCAGUUGUACGAUUCCGUGAAUUUUGAAGAUUUGGUUGAACCUCGAGAUGGUAAAGGCUGGAGGGCUCAGUUUGUUCCACGGGAUCAUUUACUAGCUGAUUAUGAGUUUGACAUGAUUAUCGGAGCUUCGGGAAAGAAUAUGUGUUUACCUGGUAAGAAGAUUACUUUAUUUUCGAAAGUGUUUUACAAUUUAUUGAGUUUGUAACGUUUACCUAAAAACUUUUUUACCUUAUUUUGAUUUUUUGAAUGAUUUAAGGCAUUUCGAUAUUAAUUCAAAAUACUCUGUUAAAUCACAAUAUAUGCCUUCUGUUACAGCAUUCCAACAAGUAGUGGUCAGAGGAAAACUAGCUAUUGGGAUCACUGCCAACUUUGUUAAUAGACAUACGAAGCAAGAAGAUGCAAUUCCAGAAAUUCAAGGAGUUGCUUACAUCUACAGACAACAGUUCUUCGACCAACUUCAGGCACAAACGGGUGUUAAACUGGAGAAUAUUGUCUAUUACAAAGGAGAUACACAUUACUUUGUUAUGUGUGGCGACAAGAACAAUUUAGUUCAGAAGGGAGUGAUCAAGAAUGACAGUGAUGACAUCAAAAAGAUGUUGAGCAAGGACAACAUUGACAGUGUAAGUUAUAUUUGAUUUAGAAUUUGUUAAAUUUUAUUAUAAGUUGUUUCAAUUUAGUUUUUUUUUCUAAAAAAAAUGAGGUGUAGAGCCGAACUUUUUUUGCUUUUAUUAUUUAUACGAUAACUUUUUUAUUGAAAAACACUACAAGUUUCAUUAUUUUAGGAAAUGCUGUGCAAGUACGUGAUGCAGGUAGUAGACCAUGUAACCGAUGGCAAACUAUCAGGUGUUCAAGUUCAAUUUGCUCUAAAUGCUCGACGUCAACCUGAUGUGGCACUAUUUGACUUUACCGAACUGUGUUCGGCCGAUCAUUCAACUCGUUUUGUCAAAUUUAUGGAGCAUCCUUUGGUUCUGACGGUGGUGGGAGACCUUCUUCAUGAACCUUUUUGGCCAACCGGCUCUGGAUGUGCCCGAGGAUUCUUGGGCGUUCUGGAUACGGCAUGGUUGAUGCACGAGAUUGGGAAAGGCAAAGAACCAGUAUCAAGGCUGUUGUCGGAAAGGGAGAGCGUGUACAAGUUACUCGGCCAAACACAGCCAAAUAACUUGUCAUCGUCGUUUCACAAGGUAAGAAAUCGAUUAAAACAAGAAAAAGUACUCAGGCAAAGGCUUUGUCAGUUGGUUUAUAGUCGAAUGUAUAUUUUAAAAAAAUCUUUUUUGAAUUUUUAAAAGUUGAUGAUAGAACGAUUAUUUUAGUACUCAAUCGAUCCAAAAGAACGCUAUGUUUGUUACCAAAAAACUUAUUCAGAUGUUACUCAUCUGAUGGGGACCGGGGAUUCAGAUGAAGACAUGAUGGAGAAGGUGGUCAUGACUAUCAACAGAAACAAAAGUGGGCACAGCGAGUUUCAGAGGAGGGCAUCUUUGUUCAAGUUCUGCUAUAUGGGAGCAAUAUCCCUCAAAGUAAGUUCUAUUUUUAAAUAAUAUGGUUUUUGUUAUAUUUAAUACUUAAACUUUAUGUAAUUUACUUUAUUAUAUUUUAGGUAAAGAUAACCAACUUCCGAACUGGCUCUUGGGGCGAUUGCAAGGCUUUGGCCGCCUUAAUAGCCAAAUACAUUAAAGACUUCGAGGCCGGUAGGAAGCUGGAAUCAGAUUCAACCUUCUCCAACCCUGCGGUUCUUUUUAAUGAUGUUACGGAAUUCAUUGAAAAUAGACUGUCUGUCCCUCGGCCGUGCAAGACUCACGCCGAGUGGACAAGUUUGAGUGAAAAACGAAGAAUCGAAUUCUUACAGACUUUGGCUGAUAUUUUAAAGUAAGUUAAUCCAAAAUCUUUAUCGUUUUAUAGCUGUAUUCACUUUUUGAUAAAGAAUGAGACUAAAUAUAUUGUUUUAGAGCGGAUCCCUUCUACAGUAAACUAUGCAUGUCACCGACAUUGUGCCAGAAUUACGCUAAUGAUAAGGCUACUCAAUCAGCAAAACAAGCUAAAGUACUCAGACAAAGGCAGCUACCACCAGUCGACCCAAGAGAUACUGUACUCAACUUUGAUCCUCUGAGUAGAGAUUCUCAUGUUACAGUAAGAAAGAAGUCUGUAGGCCAGAGAGUGAAGCGACAGAUUGUGGAACCGUUGAAUCCUGAAUUGUUGUAUAAGGUAAGAGAUGAUGAUUGAUUUAGGUAGUGUUUAUAUUUAUAAUAGGGAAUAAUUUUAACAUGAUAUUGUAGUCGAAAAAUUGAAAAGAGCUCUAACGGCUACUGUAUUGUUUAGGUAGAUCGUGUUGUUUCGGGGGUGCCGAUCAGGCCACCACGCCCUUCAAUGGACGGGCCGAGCUGUUUGGAGCGGCGAAAAAUGCUAAUGGAGGAAGGCAAAAAGGUAACAUGUUAUUCGAAUACUUCGGCGCCAAAAAUCUAAAGGAUGGUUUAAAGGCAUUUGCAUUUAGUCACGAUGUUGGACUUUCAGUUUAAUAUUGUCGAAUUUAUGUUAUUUUAAAGUACUAAUGGGUUGAUUGUUUAGAAUACGAAAAAGAAUAAUUUGGAUAGUAGUUUCACCAACGGAUCUUUAUUUGGAGUACAAGCUGUGUCACGGUUCAGAUCCAAGUUUGACACUGUACAAGAAGGUCAGCAGAAGCAAGAAACUGUUAAGCGACAAAAGACCGUUUCCAAUUUGUCUACAGAAUCUGAAUAUCCUUCUGAUCCCAUGAACGUGAGGGUUACCGUAACAGAGACUUUGGUCGAAACUCCGAAUGGAAAAACGACCAAACAGUACAGUAAAGAUCAAGAAGUUACAUUUAGGGUAGGUUUUGUAAAAUAUCGGUUAACAUAUUUUGAGUUUUUUUAGUUUCAGUAAUAUUUUUUUGACUUUCAGAACCUACCAACGACGCCAGUUCGACCAAUAUCAAUGCCUGUAAGAACCGGUUCUUUCUGUACUGAUAAGCAUGGCCCUGCAUCUUCUCUGGCUCAUCAGAAUUCAGUCAGUGCUGUUUACAAUACAGUAUCCCAGCGCAGAAUGAGGCUGUGUUCACUAUGUCAAGAAGAAGUGUAUCUGGCUGAACAACUUCUGGUGGACCGAGUUUCAGUGCACAAACAAUGUUUCCGAUGUUCUUAUUGUGAUCGUGCUUUGACCGUGAGGAACGCUGUGAUCGACAAAACGUUCCAAAACGAAUUCGGGCCUCGCUGGUACUGUGCACAACAUCAGGCCUUGUGUGCUUCUGACAAGUUGGCUAGGUUAAGAAGAUCGGCUGCGAAACAACGUAUGUUACUUUAUAUUAUUUUUAAAUUUUUAUAUUGCUUGUUGUGUGAUUCUUUGUUAAUCGUUUUAUGGUUUUUGUUAUUUGAGUCAUUUUAGAAUCGUGGGUCCAAAAUGUCGCCGUGAUUCAGCCUCAAUCCUCAGUUGAACAAGGUCGGCCGAAAUAUGCUUCUCACACGUUUGUUUCAACCGAUUCUACAGAUUCUUCUGAUUCCGAAAAAACGAAAGCUCAGAAGGAAGAUCAGAGUACAAGUACUGAUACCAAGAAAACAUCCAAAUACAACGCCACACGAUUACGAUCGCCUUCUCCAGUAAACCGACCCAACCCUUAUUUGAAGCAGAAAGAGCAAAACAAGGAUAACAAUGAUCUGUUGGCGUUGGGAAGGUCAGAGCCUCAUCGUCAAGUCAUUCAGACGCGAGAACCUUAUCAACGACGGUUAAGUGACUUUGAUUCCCCAACACAACUGAUCAACGCUUGCAAAGAGAGAACGGCCAGAAGGUUGGCCGCUAUUGGAACCAAAAACAAUGAGAACAAGAGCGACGGAGUCAAGCUGUCAUCAGGGUCAUCUGAAGAGGAAGAGUUUUACGGUCACAACGGCUUCCAUGACAGAGCUACACUAAAGUGUUCUGAUGACGAUGAAGAAGAAUUCGAGGAGUAUGUAGAUGCUGUUGAUGAUGAGUUUGUUUUACAAUCACCAAUCGAAGAGGAGGAAUCUUGGAUUGAGUUUGUGGAGUAUCUGGACAGAACUCUGAAUUCUGAUGCUUCUUCUCAGAAUACUUCGGCUACAGAAAGCCAGGCGAAGGAGAUGGUGGAAGCGUUCAACAGAAAGUCGCUGCUGAACCACUUCUCCAGUCCGACUGCCCAGAAGUCGAAUGUUGUGCCGGAAACACCAUACUUUACACCACGGCAGAACCGAGCUGAGACUGUGACGUUACGGUCUCCAGAAGAGCGGGAUUCUGAUUUGUUCCACACUCCGAUGACUUCAUUUAGGACCAACCGGCUUAGAGGUGAAGGACCAAGUGGACUGAAAGAGGUUGGUUUUCUUACUUUAAUUAUAAGUUUCGUUUUAAAUAUACUUCUUAAAAGUUUAUUAACUAAAUGGAAAUCUAUAUUAAUAUUGGCAAUUUUAGCUUGUUGAACAGAAUGCUACUGGUUUUGGAGACAACGCGACUCCAAGAAGGGUAACCAGAGUGCGACGAGGACCUCGACGAGCUACAGUAGCCGUUGACCUCAAGCGAGAAAGCUUGACUCCCGAUCACAUUGCCAACGAUUUAAAUGGUAAUCAGGAUGAAACUCUUACCUUGCCACAAACUCCAUCACGAGCUACAAACAAAGGACGGAAAGAAUCGGGCAUUAGGGCCGUUCACAUUCAACCAACAGUUCAGAAUUUGGAACGGGCUUUGAAGGAGAUAGAACUGAUUAAAGAGAGACGACAGAGAGAAAGACAGCGACAACUUCAGGUAUCUAUUUUUGAAACGUUAAGUUCAAAGGAUUGUGCGAUAUUAUUAAGAUUAUUUUUUGUAAAAUAUGUUGUUGUUAUUUUUAUGUACAUUUUUAGGGUCUACAAAGAAGGAUGCAAGAGGUCGAAGUGCGAUUGUCAGAUGUCAAAUCAGUUGGAAGUUACUUGGAAAAGAGUUUGGCUAAAGAUCCCAGAAACAAAUGGGAACUGGAACAAUGGUUAAUAUACGUACAGCAGUACGAAGCACUUCGAAGUGAAGAAAAGGAGCUACAUCUGAAGUUGAAGGCUUUUAAGUUACAGGAAGACUACGGUAACUUGAAGGCGAAGCUACACAAAGCUCAAACUGACGAAAAUAUCAGUAGCGGGGUAAGUGAUUACUGCUUUAUGGUGAUAUUGAACAUGUGUUAUUAUUCAUGUUUGUAUCUGGUAUAAAAGUAUCUUUUUUAAUAAUCGUAGUAAAAUAGAAGAUAACUUAUUUAUCAUAUUCUGUACUUCAGGCAGAGAAACUACUAAUGGAGAGGCUACUGGAAAUACUCAACACCAAGGAUACGGUAAAAGCGGAACUGUCUGACAUUACCAACACCUCCAAGAUUGCAGAGUCACCGGCUGAUCUGAUCCAAAAGUGCUCGGACUACAGCCUUUACGACCCCGUGUUUCUGACUAACUUGACUAUAAAUAGUUUUGUAUAA